AUGGGAAACGAAGUAAAUCAAAGCCAAGCGGCGGCUACAGCUCGUGAAUUGAUGAAACAAAAAGAUGCCAUUGAAAACAAAAUUAAAGAAUUUGAGCAAGUUUUAAGUUCGCAAGGAGUAGGAAUGCAUGAGCCUUUAGUCGACAGUUCUGGGUUUCCGC